UCUCGUCCCACCCCACCCCGGCCCAGUACUACUCCGCAGCCAGCGGGACGGCACUGUCCUGCCAGCCGGACUCGGCCGCCCCGGAAGCCAUGGAGGUGCUGGUCUUGUCCGGAUACCGUGCGCAGAAGGAGGGCGAGCUGAGUCUGGCGCCCGGGGAUGUGGUCCGGCAGGUGUGCGAGGGGCCCGCGCGGGGCUGGCUGCGCGGAGAGCUGGGGGGCCACUGUGGCCUCUUCCCGGAGCGCCUGGUGCAGGAGAUCCCCGAGAGCCUGCGCGGUGCUGGGGAGCCCCGGAGACCGCGCUGUGCGCGCCGCCAAGGUCACCUUGCUAAAUCGCGGGGCCCCCAAAGAUGGUGCAAAGUGAAUUUCAACUACAACCCGGAGCAGGAGGACGAGCUGAAGCUGCAAGCUGGGGAGAUUGUAGAAGUGAUAAAGGAGAUUGAGGACGGCUGGUGGCUGGGGAAGAAGAACGGGCAGCUGGGAGCCUUCCCAUCCAACUUUGUGGAGUUGCUGGACAGUGGGCCCCCAAGCCUUGACAAUCCAGACAUGCCUUCAGUCAGCUCUGACCCCCAGCGACCUCCCAAGCUGAGCAGCCUGACCUAUGACAGCCCUCCAGACUAUCUUCGCACAGUCUCCCACCCUGAGACCUGCAGGGUCCUGUUCGACUACCAGCCCGAGGCCCCGGACGAGUUGGCACUACGGAAAGGAGAUGUGGUGAAAGUCCUGAGGAAGAUCACAGAGGAUGAGGGCUGGUGGGAAGGUGAGUCUCAAGGCAGAAGAGGAGUUUUCCCAGACAACUUUGUGCUUCCACCACCCCCACUCAAGAAGCUGGCCCCUCGGAAAGUGGCAUCUCGGAAAUCUGAACGGGACCUCCCUCUGGCUGCUGUGGGAAGAACACACUACAGGCAGGCUCCUAUAAAGGAACCCAAACUGAAAAAGAUGGUGCCCAAAACAACCCUCCCUACAGCCAAGAAGCUGGUCGCAGUCCCCACCGGGCCCAGCAAAGCCAAGCCAUCUGGGACACCCAGUGGAGAUGGUCAGAAGCGCUCCUCCCGGAACCCUGGCUCCAGUGGCAGCUUCCUCAGUGGGAGUCCUGGUCACUCUGGUAGAAAGCGACUCAAAACCCAGGUUUCCAGGCAAUGCCCUGCAUCCAGUCAGGAAGAAGAGCAGAGCAGCCUCUCAGAGGCCCAUCCUGUGAAUAAAAACCCCACUCUGGAUGAGACCCCCACCCCCAAGAAGACUCCACCAUCAGAAAAGACCUCUACUCGAGAAGAAACCCUGACACCAGAUCAGGUUCCUACCCCAGAGGAGACCCCAACUCUGGAGGACAAAGCCCCCACCCCAGAGAACCCCACCCCAGGGGAGACCCAGACUCUGGAGGACGAGACUGUCACUCCUGAAGAGGUCCCAACUCUGGAGAACAAAGUCCCUGCUCCAGAGGCGACCCUGACUCUGGAGGCCCAGGCCCCCACUCUAGAGAGGGUCUUUUCUGUGGAGGAGGACCCUGCCCCAGAAAUCCCACCUAAAGAUGAAGCCCUUGACCCAAAGGUGGCCCCUCCUGGGGAUGAGGCCCUCACCCUAGAAGAGGUCUUGACCCCAGAGCAGGUGCUCCCUGAAAAGGUCUCCACCCAAGACAACACUAGGUUGCAUCACUUCACUCCAGAGGAAGACCUGGAGAAGGUCAAGUCUCUUGUGGCCAAUAAGACUCAACCUCAAGAGGAGGUCCACAUACCAGAGGACCCCCUCCUUUCCAUGAGGAAGCACUCCCUGAGUAAGAGGGACAAUCUCCCUCUCCAUUGUGAAUGCAUACCUGCCCAUGGGACGGCCCAAACCCUCCUGGAGGCGGCUCCUUGGAAGGAUGAAGCUAUCCUGCAACUGGAGGUGCCCCUCAAAGAGAGGGCUCCCCCCAAAGAGGUGUCCCCCCAAAAGAUAACCCCCACUCAAAAGAAUCUGCAACCUAUCAAACUGACACCAGACUCCCAAGAGGCUCACCCCUUCCAUUCCCUGGUCCCCCCAAAUCCCACGGACAGCAGAAGUGACAGAGAAGAAAUAAUAAUGCUAAAGGCCGAGGUGGAGUCUUUAAAGAUGUCUCUGGAGCAGAUGGGGGUGCAGCUGGAAAGUAAGCUGAACAACAUCUGGGAGGAGCUGAAGAGCGAGAGGGAGAAGCGCCAGUGGCUGGAGGUUCAACUGAAGCGGAAGAGCCAGGAGACCCGAACCAAGGGCUCCAUCCACUCCCAGACGCAGACGCCCUGAGGGCAGGCCCGGGAGGGACUACUGUGGGACCUGAUGGGAGCUCUGGCUGCGGCCACCCAUGUUCUUGAAUGCUGACUUCGGGACACUGAAGUAAACUGUGGUGUACGCACGCGCAGCGCCUGCCUGGUCCGUGUGGGGGCGGGG